UAAAAACCAUAGUUCAGAGAAGAGUUAGAAAGAGGGGCAGAGAGGAAAGAAGGAUGGCAGAGAUGUGUAACCCCAAGGAGCCGAGUGGUUCUGAGGAGGAGACAUUUGGGGGCCAGGGAUUGGCUGAGAGACACCCUGGACUCCUACGCAGUUUGAGGAGCUCACCAGGGUGUCUGACCCGGAACCCUCUGCCCCCCCUGCUGCUCUUCAUCUCACUGGGUUUCUUCAUGCUCCAGCUGACCACCCUGGUUCAAGUUUCCAGGAUCCAGUUCCUGCAGAGAGAUUUGGGGGACCACCACGCGGAGAACAACAGCCUGGAUGAGGGGCUGGACGCUGGGUUCCGGAGUCCUCUCCCUCCAGUUGAUGGUGCACAGGUGCAGAUGCAAUCAAACCUGGAGGAGAUCCUGCAGCACCUGACCUGGAUGAAUGCCACCCUGGGUGGCCUGUGCCAUCCCUGUCCUUGGAAUUGGGAACUCUUCCAGGGAAGGUGCUACUUAUUCUCCUGGACCCAGACUGACUGGAAAUCUGCUGUCUCCGCCUGUCAGGACAUUGGGGCCCGGAUGGUGAUCAUCAAGAGUCCUGAGGAGCAGAAAUUCCUGAAGAUUUGGUAUGUCAGAUAUAAUAAACCUUCCUGGAUUGGCCUCAGUGACCACCACAAUGAGGGUUCCUGGAAAUGGGUGGACAACAGCCCCCUCCAACUCAGCUUCUGGAAAAAAGGGGAACCCAACAACCACGAAGAUGAGGACUGUGUGGAAUUGUACAACGAUGGCUGGAAUGAUGGCAAAUGUAGCACACAAAACUCCUGGAUCUGUGAGAAGCCCUCGGCUCCCUGCCCAGCCUUCUAAGGGUCACUGCCUCCCCGCAACCCCACCCUGUCCCAGUUCGCAGAGAUCAGGCAGCUGAGACAUGCGGUCUGCUGGUUUCUCUCAGGCCCCACCCGUUUCUGUUUUUCCCUUUGGUGAAUUCCCAUCCCCCUCCUGUACGGAGGUCUUCGAGAUCCCGAGGGAGAUUCUGGGACCCCCUUAUCCUCUAAGACCCAUCCCACCAUAGGCUAUAGACCAUCUUUUUUCAGGUAUUGAUGGUCUCAGCCCCCCCUCAGCCCCCCCAUGACA